AUGAUCAAUAGAAGUGCCAUAAACGCUAGAGUAGUUGGCCAGCGUCAUAGCAGUUCAAUCUCACAAGAAUUCCUGAAAAAUGUCCUUGAAAAGGUGAAAGAAACGGCCAAUAGGAAAGCGACUUCACCUUUGAGAAACAAUGUCAGAAGAAACAGAUCUAAUGAUGGCAAGCCGGUGAGAAUGCAAGCUCAAAAGUCAUCACAUCGUCGAACAGGUCCAAGAGACUUCAAAAAAGGCGCAGAUAGGCUUCAAAACCCAAUGAUAAAUGCAACAAUUGUGAAUAAUCAACCUCAAUUUGCAAAAAAAUCUGGUAAAACUGCGUUUGCUAGUAAUUCGUCAAAGGAUUCUGUGUUUGACGCGAUGGAUUCGCUUGUCAAGGAUCGCAAAGUCGGAAGUCGUGGAUCUCAGUCCGCUGCUGCCAGAAUUGAACGUAAAAGAACGAAAACCGUUCCUGGUUUGACGAAACGACAAAACAAUGGCGUUCCUCAACAUAUUCUGAAGCAACCAAGUUUUCAAGUCUCGGAGAAUUACGCACCGGAAGAUCCCACGCCAUUGUCGCUGCUCAAAUAUUCACCCAGAUUCGCGAAUUCUUCUUCUUCCAGAAAGAUCGGUUUUGGACUUAAUUUACUCAAACAAUCGAAUUUCCCACUUUAUCGGUCAUUAAACAUGGGAAUUUCAGGUGCUAAAGACGGUGAAAUCAUGAACCUUUCACUGGCCCCUAGCUCAAAAAGUUUUGGCAUGUAUGCUCCAUUUGCUCCUGUAGCGUUUACCAAAGAGAAACUGUCUAAAAACAUCUUCGUUCAACCAAACGUUGAAGAAUUUAAAGCGAGCGUUGGUGGAGAUUAUGAAACUCUUGAAACGUUGUCAAAAGAGAGUUUUGACACUUUAACCAAGAACCAAGACAAAAAAUUGGAACUUGCACGCAAUGCACAAAUCGUCAAGCUCAGUUUGGAAAAGAGUAAUAUGGAUUUUCUAACCCAGCAAAAAAUCCACAAAGUUUGCUCGGGGUUGAAACCACUUUCGGAACUUUAA